UUCACGGCAAAGUGUCCCCCAAGUGGUAGGUUGGUAGAAUUCUUUAGUGAGCUCGAUUGAUUUUAAUUGGCGAGCGUUUGGACCGGGAAUCGAUUUCAACAUUGUCGUCCCCGCAGCUGUGUGCUGUUCUGAUUGCUGUGUAACAGAGUGUUAUCGCGAAAUAUGCAACCUCGAGUGCAGCUGCUGGCAGUGGCCGUCCUAGCGGGUGCGCUGGUGCAAGGCUCGUACGCGUACUACAGCGGACCGUUUCUAUUCUGGGGAUUGAGUGAGCUGAAAGAUUUGCAAACGCCUGGCGCUCUGGCCGAGCUGGAUGACAAAGUGUUGCGGGAUCUCUACUCGAAUGCGGCCGCCGUCGUGAUUUUUCUGCGUAACGGGACGACCAAACUGUCGGAGGACAGUUUUCCGGCAUUCAAGCGCAUUCUAGACAAGCAUGAGUUCGUCUACAGUCCGCAGCAAAUGCUCGGUUCUAAUCCGCUCGACUAUAACGUUAACGCUGAGAUUAUUAACUUAGUCGGAGCCCCGUCGCAACAAGAUGUGGAACUGUCAGCCUUGUUCCGCGAUUCGGCAGAGAACUACGGUGAGCACAAAGUGUUGGGCAUUCUGGCGAACCAGCUCGAGGAACCGCACGUCCUCCAGAAGCGUGAGGCCAAAGCCCGGGAGGAUUUCUCGACCAGCACCACUCCCGGUAGUCCGACCGACGAGCCGGAAAUUGCCGACUCGAAGUAUGACGUGCCCGGUAAGGUCAUCCUGGUCGUCUCCACUCCGCCGGUGCUGAAGAUGCUGAACGAUUCCGAUGAAGUUGAAACGUCGUACGUUCUCUCCGAGCACACGCUGGCCACGUACGAUGCCCGCGAGCGCGAAAGCAAACUGAUCGUGACGUUCAAAGUGGAAGACUCCAUCAAGCUGACUCUUAAAUUCCGUUUCGACAUGGAUUCCGGGUACUGGUCCAUGUCCAAGGUGGACGUGUUCGUGAUGGAUACCAAGAGCAAGGACGGUACCAAGUCGCUCGAUACGACGCUCGAGCUCGAGGGUAAGGCACCGUACGCACCACUCGGUGCCUCGUACGCGUGCUCCCGACAGCUUGUUUUCCGUAAUGGCACAACGGUUCUUACGCUGGAGAACAUACAGGUACAACCGGCCAUGGAUGGUAAAACGAAGUUCGACAGCGCCUGGGACUGCAUCGGGUUCACCACGGCACCGAUCUUGUCCGGACUGUUCGUAACGACGAUUAUGCUGGCCGGGUUAACCGUCGCGAUCAUUGCGAUACUGGACAUCAAACCACCGAACCGGUUCGAGUCGCGCACCGGAAAGCAGUUGACAUUCACCGUACAGGAGUAAGGCACCUGCCCUCUCCUCGGGACAGUUCCAGAGAGUCCAGAAAGAUCAACGGAGGAGCAUCGGAGCGAGGUCGGACGUUAUCAACAACAGCAACAACAACAACAACAAGCUGCCAAUGGAGGUCAGAGAUCGCGUCUCCGGGAACCGGAAGAACGAGCUACAGGAGUGUGAAGGAGGUUACACGGAUCAACAUCGGCAUCAUGGUCUUCUCCACUGCCUGGAACCUUGAUUUGAUCGAGGACAGUAGAUAGAGGAGGUCACCUCUGGGAGCAGUAGAUAGCAGUCGGGAGAGUCGAUAUUAGCUGCAACAUGAAAUACUCGAAACCUGAAUUGCAUUCCGGUAGUUCACACGUUUGAAAUCGUUAUCUAGGGUUUACGGGAGUAUUCGGCUUCAGCAUGGCUUGUUACACGCCACACGAUCGAAGCCACCUUGCGUUGUGUAACGACCAGCAUCCAUCAGCGAGGAUAUCGUGUUAGGGAAGGCAACGGAUAUACGGAGUAGACCAUAAACCUGACCAUCGGGAGACACGGAAGAAGACGAACCAGAAUGUAAAUGUGUGUGCGUGUGUGCAUGUGUGUGUGUAUUCCGAAUAGCUUAAACGGGCAAUAAAUAUCUUC